AUGGCUCUUGACUACUCAAAGUUUCCAGUCAAAGCUGGUGAAUUGCGUCUUGUAUCACUCAAGAGUUGGGCUGCAGAUAUCACCAAAGCAGAAUGGAAGCUAAGAGUAGUUAGUUUGGAUUCAUUGCCACUAUACCGUGCCCUUUCGUAUAGAUGGGGAGCGCCAAUUGACGAGGGACCUUUCAAAUCAUAUACAAACGAGCUUGUCGCGUCUAUCAAAGCCGGGGAUGGGGAACUUAAAGUUGCCAGAAAUCUGCUGGACUUCCUGAUCCAGGUGAAGGAGGACGAAAAGCUGAAAGACGAGGAAUUCUGGAUCGACGCGAUAUGCAUAAACCAAGGUGAUCGCAGCGAGAGGAGUUACCAAGUCAGCAACAUGAUGGCUGAGAUCUACAGAAGAGCAGAUUCUGUCAUUGCGUGGCUUGGGAACUCAGAUACGUAUACAGAGAGAGCUUUUGAGCACAUUGCCAAGGUAGCUGACCGGAACAACCUUCGACUUUUAGGUAUACCAACUGGGCAAACAGGUUCUGAGCAUUCUCAUGGAGACAGGGCUGGUUGGGAAGCCAUUGGAAAGAUCUUCGAUCGUACUUACUGGAACAGAUCAUGGAUCAUCCAGGAACUCGUACUCCCAGAGCGCGUAACACUUCGCUGCGGAGUGUAUUCAACUGAUUGGCAUAUAUUCGUGAAAGCUUCCCAUAACAUAUCCACGAGCCAUUUGAAACAGUUCUAUGACAAUCGGUCCAUCGAGGGCACGCCAUCUGCCGCCACCAGUAUGAAAGCGUCCCGCAACUACGGAGUCCCGGCGAUUCUCGAAGCAACAAAAGCCUCCAUGGCAACAGAGCAUUGGACCAACGUGCUUCUAUAUACGCUGAUACGAUCUCGUCACUGCGAGGCUACAGAUCUCGGGGACAAAGCAUAUGCUCUGCUGGGACUCAUCCAAGGUCCUCAAGGUAUUAAAAAGCUACCGGCGUUGCUGUGUCCUCCCACAGAAGGAAGUGACUGUAGCCCUGGAAAGACAUACCUCGACGUCGCUACCCAGCUUCUUGAAGACUGUGAGGAUCUGCUAGUACUUUCUUGCGCAGAGGGCUUUCGCUCUGAAAAGUUGAAUGGUGCAGAUCUUCCUUCCUGGGUCCCGGACUGGAGCGUUAAAUAUCCUCUUGGCCUCAGAGUCACGGGAUAUAAAAGAUAUCAAGCAGAUUCGUUCUUCUUCUCCCCAAAGAUCAGCUUUUCGCGGGAAGAGAGGAUUGCCCUUUGGCCUGCUACAUUCGACAAGAGUGAGCUUACGUUGACUAUUCGCGGAGUACAAGUCGACAAUAUCUCUUUCGUUGCAGAGUCAAAGCGCGAUGUCUUGAAUCGCAAACCCUUUCCAAAACUCUUGGAUAUGUUACUAAGGCUGCCUGAAAAGUAUGAAGUCACUGGCGAAGGGCGAAUGGAGGCACUUUGGCGAACGGUGACUAAGAAUACUUAUGGAGAGGCCAGACGUCCUCCGCCAAAAGGAUCAUCAAUGGGGCCAAGUUUCACAAAAUGGAUAAGUGAGAGAAUGCAGUCUGUGUUAGUUACUCCAGAAGACGAAAGUCAUUGGACGAACCUCAAGGAAGCUUUUAAUAAGUUCUGGCCCCAUGAUGCAGAAUGGCUUGCCGCCAGCAACGGAAACGAGUCCGUCUCAUCGAUGGAGUUUAGCUCACAAUUUGCAUAUGGGGAGUACCUUCGACCGUUCGUGACUGAGAAAGGAUACAUCGGACUUGGCUCACAGAAUUUGCGGGAGGGAGAUACAGUCUGGGUGGUGCCACGAUCACGAGUGCCUUUAAUAUUCAAGCGUUUGAGCGAGUUUGAUUCACAGGACGAUUACCAUUGCCAGUUGAUAGGGGGGACGUAUCUCCAUGGGUUCAUGGAUGGUAGCUGGCGGGGACAGAAAGCAACCAAAGACGACACGCAAGCUAUCAUAAUUCACUGA